AUGCUGCGCUUCAAGAGUGGUUUGUCUGGUUGGUCCCAACGGGCCGAUCCGCGUCCCUGGGACGUGCAAUGUGCCGCAGAGUGCAAAGGUUUCCACACCCUGCCACCCACGCCCUUGCGGCGUUUGCAGAAAGAGCUGCCACCAGACACUGUGGAGCUGCUUGGACUCUUCAUUGUGCCAGAUAGAGGCACUGAAAGGCUUGUGCUACAUGGUCUGAAAGGUGAACUGCUGAUGGGGCCCGACGUUGUCUCCUUGAAGGUUCACAUCUCCCAGAUCAAAAAGAGGCUAGAAGUGCAUGCACGAAACGAGGUCAUCAAAGGGCGCCUGAGCCGUGCCUUGCAGCUCUACAGCUUCAUUGCGUUGGGCGCAGUUCCCUGGAAUAAAGUCCAUGGGAGACUGAUAUGGAGACUGUGCUUAUCUGUGCUUUAUUCAUCGUUAUGCGAUUUCAUGCGGCCUGUUUCUUGCCCCUCGGGCAUCCAGCCACUGAGGUGGUUCACCUUUUGCACAGACGCCGGGCCGUGGACGACAUGGAGACUUGAAGUGCACGCCAGCCUCAUUGUAGAAUAA